AUGCCGUACCCCUCCUACGAGGCCCUCUGGGCGGGCUCCGGCGUGCAGCUCAACCUUGAAGCAGAGCGGCUCUACUGGAUCCUCCAGGACCCCAUGCACGACUCCAUCUUCGUCAUGGACCAAGUCAACAACCCCGCGGGACCCCGCCAGCCCGGCUUCCUGCCCGGCACCGCGCCCGACGGAAACGGCCCCAACCUGCACCCUGUUGCGCACGCCUCGCUGUGCGAGCCCCCCAUCUCGUCCAUCACGGUGGGCAGCGACGAGCUGCAGGAUGCCGCCGACUCUUGGGAGGACGAGCACAACUAUGACGAGGACGACGACCCCGAGGGCCCGUGUCGCUGCUGUGGCUUGCGACCGCCCCCGCACGUCAAGAAACUCACUGUCGUGGCCGGCAAGGAGGAUGGGUUCGUUACGGUUGGCGACUAUGUCGCUGCUGUGCACCCGUGGCUCAUGAGCCUCCGCAGCCACUUUUUACAAAUCAACGCGGGUGGGCGGGAGCCGUGGCCCGAGGACACGAAGCUCAUGGUUAGCUUUCCGUACCCCGACGACGUGGCGGUCGAGAAGGAGAGCACAUGGAUAUCAUCUCAGCGCAUGCGCGUCGUGGGACGGCAGAGGCGUGCAGAGGAGGCGCAGUGGUCCAGGCAAUGA